GCAGAGAAACCUGCCUUGAUCAGUGUCUGGCUUCGAAAAAUGCCUCGGUGGGAUCAUCUCCACCGAGCCACUGCCGUGUCCAGCCGGCUGCGCUGGGGAAGAGACACAUAAAAAUCGGCCCAUGUGCUACAUGGGAGAUCUGGUUCUUUUUUAGAUUGCCUAUCUUUGAGGCCAGUAUUGUACUCCAAUGCGUCUGUUCCUCGGUGUGACUGCGCUGUGCUUAGCGCUGGCGCCUCUAUGCGUGGCAGUGGCGUUGCCCAUUGUUGACUUGGGAUACGAGCUGCAUCAGGCAAACCCCAUCAACAUAUCACAGGGGCUAUACAACUUCAGCAAUAUCCGAUAUGCUGCUCCGCCUGUAGGCGACUUGCGAUUCCGCGCACCGGUAUCUCCUGAGAUAAAUCGCUCAGAGGUACAAACCGGCACCGUCGGCCGUGUCUGUCCACAGGCAAUGCCUCUAUGGGCUACGGAGAUCGCCCCGAAUUUUGUUGAGACUCAGCUGCUCGGGCUACCAUAUAGCGGUCCGUACAAUAUCAACUCUUCAUCCUACCCGACCGGAGCGCAAGACCCUCGGACGACAGAGGACUGCCUGUUCCUGGAUGUAGUUGUUCCCCAAGUCGUGUUUGACAGAUCCCGGAAUAGCUGCGGCUUCGCUGGAGUACCUGUCCUGGUUUGGUUGUACGGUGGUGGCUUCACUACCGGAGACAAGAGCCAAUACGAUCCUUCUGGGUUAAUCCAUCGCAGUAUGGAAGGUGGAAAAGAUGGUAUAGUAUAUGUGGCUCUGAACUAUCGGCUGGGAGCCUUUGGCUUUCUGGGAGGCUACAGCAUUGGGAAAGACGGCACGUCGAACGCUGGAUUGCUUGAUCAGAGACUGGCUAUAGAGUGGGUGCAUAAAUACAUCCACCUCUUCGGAGGCGACCCAGAAAAGAUCACUAUCAUGGGGGAAUCGGCAGGCGGAGGGUCUGUUUUGCAUCAGAUCACCGCUUACGGUGGUGACCAAGGAGUCGCGUUUAAACAGGCCAUUAUCCAGAGUCCUGGAUUCGUGCCCAUGACGAACGAGAGUGUUCAGGAAGCAACUUUGCAGCAAUUCCUGCGAAUUGCUAAUGUCAGCACACUCGAGGAGGCAAGAAACCUGCCGUCAGAGAAGCUGAUCGCAGCGAAUCUGUACCAAGUCGGGGUGAAAUCUCCCUACGGUACUUUUACCUAUGGCCCUGUCGUCGAUAGAACGUUUGCCCCGGCUCUUCCAGGCCAGCUUUUGCAAGAUGGGCGAUUCGCCAAGCAUGUGAAAGUAAUGGUUGGCCACAACGCAGAUGAAGGGCUAGAGUUUACUCCUCCCUCUAGUCUCAACGACAGCGGAUUCGAAGCAUACCUGAAACAAGCAUUGCCAGAUGUUUCGCCUGCCGUGCUGAACGAAAUAACGGAGGUGCUUUACCCUCCCAUAUACAAUGGCACGUACGGUUAUACAACAAGUGUGCAGCGCUUGUCUUUGGCUAUUUCGGAUCUAGCCUUCCAGUGCAGCACAGAUUAUCUCAACCGUGCCUACGACAACCGGACGUAUGCCUAUUGGUUCACUAUUCCUCCUGCUCUCCAUGGGCAGGAUGUACCUUACACGUUUUUCAACGGGUCGAAUUUCUUCACCGGGGCGACCACCGACGUGAAUACUACGGUUGCUAUUGCUAUGCAGCAAUACAUCACUAGUUUUGUCGAAACAGGAGUCCCAAAAUCUUCCAUUGGACCCGUCUUCAACGAGCAUGGCGAGAAGGGUACCAUGAUGGACUUUUCGGACUCAGGGAUAUCGGAAACCCUCGACAACACGGAUAAUGCACGAUGUCGCUUUUGGCAGGGGGCGCCAUACGCGUGAUCCAGCAUCAUUGUAAAUAAGAGGGAUAUCAGAAGCAAGCCUGAGUUACGAGAGUGAAGUACAUACAUAACCAAUUGUUGGCCAGUUAAUGGGUUUGUGAGCUAACUU